AUGAAAAGAUUCCUUAAGUUAAAUUUGGACAUUGACAAAAAGAUUUCUUACGAAUAAUCUCAUAGAAAGUGUUUUUUUUAAAGAGAUUACGUUAAAAUGGAAUGGAUGAACUCAAAAUUAUCAAAAAUACAGUCAGAAUUUGACAUUGUUUAAAUGGUCAUUAUGUAAAAUAAAAAGAAUACCAAAAAGGCAUAUACAAUUAUGAUGCAUGAGAAUAUCAUAAUUAAAUAAAAGAAAGACGUAUAUCAUUAUAUUAUUUUAGGGUUCUUUGUGUUGGAUUGAUUAUGAAAAUUCCAUCUUAAGUUUUAUUAAAGACCCAGAAUUUGGUGAAGGCAUCAAGUUAUAAAAAUGUUUUGAUGAGAUAGAAAUUUAUGGAGAAUUAGAAAAAAUGUUACCAUUAAUUAAGAGAUACACAAUCUAAUUAGAAUUCACUUAAUAAUAUCAAUUUUUAACGAAGAUUAAUUCUUAUGAUAAAACUGAGGUUAACAAUUUAUUUUAUAAUAAAUAGGUCUUUAGAAUAAGGUCUAAAAAAGAUAGAAAUGAUUAUUAGUGUAAAAUAUUUUAUAAAAAACUGCUCAAUCUCACUAUGGAAAAAUAAAUUGAAAAAGAAAUAUAUAUUGUAAGAAGAAUCAAUGAGGAAUACAUACAAAAAUAUUUUGAAACUUUUGAAAAUUAAGAAUAAAUAAUAAUAGUAGAAGAAUUAAUCAUAGGUGGCAAUUUUGAUUCUUAUUUAUAAAAAUGGCCAUUAUUGUCUGAGGAAAAAGCAUCCAAAUUUUUUUUUAAAUUAUUUAAAAGUCUUGCGUAUCUACAUUCAAAAGGGAUAAUGCAUAGAGAUUUAAAGCCAGAAAAUAUUGGAUUAAGAUUAAAUGGUAACCUUGAAAAUCCUUGUAUUUGUUAUUUCGGAUUAGCAGACUUAGUAAGUUUAGAAAAUGAUUCUGAUGAAGAAAAUGAGACCCCAAGAUAUUUAUUUUAAAGAUGUGGUACUCCAGGAUAUGUAGCUCCAGAAAUUUUAAAGAAUUAAUAAUAUGAUUGCAAAGUGGAUAUAUAUAGUUUAGGAAUAAUGAUGUAUUAUUCUUUAACAGGAAAAAAACCUUUCGAUUCAGAUGACUAUUAAUAAUUAUUAGAGAAGAAUGAAGAAGGAUAUGUUGAUAUUUCAAUUUUAAAAUUAAGUAAAGAAGGAUUAUAACUCAUUGAAAAUAUUCUCAAAAUUGAUCCAGAUGAAAGAAUAUCAGCUUAAGUUGCAUUAAAUCAUUUUUGGUUUAAAACAGAAAAGCUUUCAAAGUUAAUGGAGUUUAAAGCUCAUAAAAAUAUAGAAAAAAUUUAAUUUAAAAGUCUUUAAUUUCGUAAAAGUUAAUAAAACUCUCCAAAACUAUAACCAAUAGUUCUUUCUAAAUAAAAUAUUGAUUAAGCUUGUAGUAGUCCUUCAUCACGUUAAUUUUCUAAUGUUAAAAGAAACUCUACUAAUCAUAAUCAUAAUCAUCAUUCAAUUUUUCGUAUUACUACAUUGAAUGGCAGUUUUAGUCCUAAAGAAGGUUCUUCAUUUUCUUAAUCCAUUUAUCAAAAUGGAAAACAAAGCGAUAUAUCACCAUCAAUAUUUGCAAAAAGUUAGAGACCUUAAAAAUCAAUAAUCCAUUUAAUGCCAAAUAUAUUCCCAUAAAAAAUAGAAUAGAAAUGA